AUGUACUCUCUCAGGUCUACUGCUAUGCUUGUGCUGCUCGCGUCCUUGUCUUUUGGGGCUGUCAUUGACACUGAGGGUCUCCCCGAUACAGGCCUUAACACGACCUCGUGGGUGCCCGGUCAAGCGCCGCCCCUCGAAGAUAUUUUCAACCUCCAUGACAUGCAACUGGCGGCUAAAAACACUAUGAGCAAAUCGGGAUACGCCUACUAUCGCACAGGGGCGCUGGACGAAACGACCUAUCAUGCUAACCUAGACGUCUGGAAGAAUAUCAAGCUCAAAGCGCGCGCGUUCCGGAAUGUUGCAAAUAUCAGCACCGAAACUACAAUGCUUGGGCAUAAAAUUAGCCAACCAUUUUUUAUUACUUCUGCUGGAUGGGCCGGACUUUCAGACCCGAUAAAUGGUGAGCUGAAUUUCGUCCGCGCUGCGGCGAAGGCGGGGAUUUUGUAUACGUCCAGCAUCGCCUCAAACAAGACCACUACCGAGAUAGGCGCGGCGGCAGUAAAUAAUCAGACACUCUUCCGCCAGCUCUACCCAUGGUCUAAUACAACACGUUUGCAAAACGACCUCAAAGAGAUUGAAGCAGCCGGAUUCAAAGCCAUAUUUUUGACCGUUGACAACCCGACUGAAGACGGAAUCAGGACAAGAGCCCGUAGGGAGGACGCGCCCGACAGCAGCAAUACCCAUAUGCAAAACUUUGAUUUGACUACUCUCUCGGCCCUCCAGAAUCAAACCUCGGUUACAAUCAUUCCCAAGGGGAUCAGUAACUGGCAAGACGCCGCGCUUUUGCACUCGCUCGGCUUCCCGGCAUGUUACAUCUCAAAUCACGGCGGCCGCCUCAUUGACGGACAACAAACCGCGGCUGAGAUCCUGCUCGAUCUUAGGAAAAAUGCACCCCAAGUCCUGGACGAUGGAAAGAUGGAGAUAUAUGCGGAUGGGGGCGUGAGACACGGUAGCGAUGUGAUCAAGCUAUUGGCGCUUGGGGCGAGAGCUGUUGGACUAGGCCGGUCGCCGAUGUUUGCGAACAUCUGGGGCGAAGCCGGAGUCGACAAAUUGAUUAGUAUUCUUUCCACGGAACUAAGCACCGAGAUGAAGUUGAUUGGCGUGACAAGUCUGUCUCAGAUAAACUCAACAGUCGUCAACGCCAAGAUUCUCGAGGACUGGCUGGAGUAA